CCUGUCAGCAUUUGGCAAACUGAACCGAGGACUACUUGGACACAGUCGCGAGCUCACCGAUGGACUGGGCCACACCGCGGAUGUGACGCGUGUUAUGUGACGUGAGGUCUCGGCCCACCUCACAGGUGGUCGGGAGGGUCGGAGAGAGAGAGAUGCUGUGCUCCGUUGCCAUGGCGACGGGACUGGUCCUGGCUACGUGGUGGCUGAUGACGGGCGCCCGCGGCAACCCCGUGGCGCCCCUGCCCGAGGGCGGAGAGCGUGAGCGCCUGGAGCGGGCCUUGACCCAGGCCAAGGAGGGCGCCCUGAGCCCCAGCGCCCAGCAGCGGCUGGAGGAGAUCAGCCUCACGGGCGGGCUGGAGGCCGGCCGUGGCUCCAACAAGAGCACCGGGGGGAGGGCUAAGCCUGGCUGGACCCCCCCGAGACGCGGGCCCAAGCCCCAGGGCAGCAGCCAGGAGCAGCCCUGGGGCGCGCGAGACUCCCUGAAGCAGGGAGACGACGGACCAACUGGCGAGCCCAACGACGUCUCCAUGGACCCCAUCGACGAGUACGCCUUCCCCGACUACCGGGGCAAGGGCUGCAUGGACGAGACGGGCUUCGUGUUCGCCAUCGGGGAGACGUUCACCCCCGGCCCCUCCACGUGCCCGUGCGUCUGCACGGACGAGGGGCCCCUGUGUGCCAAGCCGGAGUGCCCCAAGCUCCACCCGCGCUGCCUGCGCGUGGACACCAGCCAGUGCUGCCCACAGUGCAAGGAGAAGAAGAACUACUGUGAAUUCCGGGGGAAAAUGUACUCGUCACUGGAGGAGUUCAAGGUGUCCCCCUGUGAGAAGUGUCGCUGUGAGCCCAGUGGUGAGGUGCUGUGCUCUGUAGCUGCCUGCCCCCAGACAGAGUGUGUGGACCCAGAGUAUGAGCCAGAUCAGUGCUGCCCUGUCUGCAAGAGUGGACCCAACUGCUACGCGGAUACUGCGGUGAUUCCAGCCGGCCGUGAGGUGAAGAUUGACGAGUGCACCAUCUGCUACUGCACCUACGAGGAGGGCACGUGGCGCAUCGAGCGGCAAGCCACCUGCAGUAAGAACGAGUGUCGGCGCAGAUAAAGCCCAGGGCACGGCGCGGGUGACAAGCUGCCCAUCAUGCAUAUAUACAUAACAAUCCACUCACACACACACACACACACACACUCACACACACUCAGACAGACAUGGAAACAAACAAACACACACACACACACACACACACACACACACACACACACACACUCAGACAGACAUGGAAACAAACAAACAAACACACACACACACACACACACACAGAGAUACACUCACACACCAAUACACACAGCAUUUUCUGCUGUCGGCAUGGGCACACAGAGGUUGACGCCGGCGUCGUGGCAACAGGCGACCUCUGUGUCUCUAAGCACCUCCAUCACAACUCCACCGGUCCUGACACCUUCUGAUACAAAGCCAGUGUUGACGCCGGUCCCCAGCCGUCCCCUCACGGGGGCCGUGACGAGGAUCGAGGGCAGCGGAGAGAAAAGCUCCGAAUUAGGCUAGUGCGCGUGCUGCCAGACUGCUUCACCUUGCAUGCUUGAUGUACAGAGGAAGGUCUUGUGCGAAGCUGACAUGCUGUUAAGCGUGGCGAUGCCGCCGAUGCCGCCGAUGCCGCCGAUGCCGCAUCACCUUAUGGACAGUAUGCCACACGUCACACUUUGGGCUUUGUAUCAGACCGCAUGACGCCGAGAGUCUCCUGAAAUACAUUAUUAUACAACCUUUCUAUGACGAUUUGUAACCCAUAAAAUGAUAUUUAUUUAUUUAUACAUUAUAUGAAUUGGUUCAUUUUGUGGAACAUUAUGGAUGAAAAAAAAAAUAUUUAGGGCUUAAAACAGAUAUUUUUUAUAGUGACUGUAUUUUGAUAUACUGCAGAUGUACUAUACAGGGUCAGGUUUCCACCCAACAUCGAGGAAUGUAUCGUGCCAACUGUUACAGUAGUGUAAAGAAGAAUUUCUCUGUGAUAAUGACAAGCAGGAGUGACGACUACUAGAAAGCCUGUAACAAAGUCAAUGACCUCCACUACUGAAGAAAAACAACUGCUUGUUUGUAUUUAUUGUAGGUCUUUGUUUUUGUUCUCAGCAGUAAGUGCAUUUUUGUAAAGAAAAAAAAAGUAUAUCUGUGUUGUGUAUAAUUGUUACAAAUAAAUCAAGUCACACUGUG